AUGAAUCCUGGCACUGAAGUUGGUAAACGAGAGCUGCCGGUUGGAAUUCGCAACAGGUUCACCGAAAUUUUUGUUGACGACCUCGAUCAGUUCGAUGACCUGUGCGUCGUCGUCCAAACUUACUUGUCAACUCUGCAACCUGAAUCGGCUCUGGUUUAUAAAGUUGUCAAGUUUUAUUUGGCCGUGCGGACAAUGGCAAACUCGCUAACUUCCGGCAUUCUGAACCAACGUCCAAACAUAAGUUUGCGAACAUUAUGUCGUGCAUUGUCUUGGGCGAAACUGAACACGUUUGGAAACCUUGUGCGGUCGAUUUAUGAGGGUCUGUGCCUAAGUUUCCUGAGUGACCUUGAUUCUGAGUCUUACGCGCAAGUCGAAUCAUUAAUCGUAAAGUAUUUGAUGUCGGCGGAUGCAAAGAUUUUGAAACACUCGACUCACCCUCCAUCGGACGGCGCUGCUUACAUUGAAGUGGAAGGUUACUGGAUUGCGCAAGGGCCUAAUCCCCUUGAAUCCGAUAGCAGCUACAUGGUGACAGCCCAAGUUAAGAAGAAUCUGCACAAACUUUGCCGAGCAGCCAGCUCCCGAUUGUUCCCUAUUCUAAUUCAAGGCGAAACUUCUGUCGGCAAGACGAGUAUGAUUCAGUAUUUGGCGAAACUGACUGGAAACCAAUGUUUUCGAAUAAACAACCACGAACACACCGAUAUGCAGGAAUACGUCGGAAGCUACGUGACCGACUCUUCCGGAAAGCUCACGUUUGUCGAAGGUCCACUUGUCAAGGCUAUGCGAAGCGGCGCGUGGAUAAUUUUAGACGAAUUGAACCUUGCCGAACCGGAAAUUCUCGAAGCGUUGAACAGGGCAAAGCUGUUUGUGGCUGAGACACAAGAAACGGUCAAGGCACACCCGAACUUCAUUCUUUUCGCAACGCAGAAUCCUGCUGGUCUGUACUCAGGUCGCAAGCGUCUUUCCAGAGCGUUCCGCAACCGAUUCAUUGAACUGAACUUCGAGCAACUGCCAUUCAACGAGCUCGAGUUGAUCCUUCAUCACCGAUGUGCACUGCCCCAAAGCUACGCGAGGAAAAUGGUUAACGUGAUGCGCGACUUACAGUUUCAUCGCAGUACCACGGGUCUUUUCGCUGGAAAAGAAGGCCACAUGACGUUGCGUGACUUGUUUCGGUGGGGCGAGCGUUACAAGCGUUGCGAUGCGACCUGUCCGGCGACUGACUGGGAUCAGUAUCUGGCGGAACAAGGUUUCCUUCUUCUUGGCGGACGAAGCAGAAGAGAAGAAGACUUGUCAAUUGUUCGUGAGACCAUUUCGAAGCACUUCCUGCGAAAAAUCAACGAUAUCGCAUUGUUUUCCACCGAUUCUACAUAUUUCAACUCACAGCUGAUCGUUUGCUGUUCAGCACCGCACUUGAGACAUAUUGUUUGGACGAAAAACUUGCGUCGAAUGGCCGUUCUCUUGAGUCAAGCAUUAAUGUACGACGAACCGGUGCUGCUCAUUGGCGAUACUGGAUGCGGAAAGACGACUCUUUGCCAGAUUUAUGCCGCCCUUACUCAGCGCACACUUCAUGUAGUAAACUGCCAUUUGUCCACUGAGGCGGCAGAUUUCGUUGGACGUCUGGUUCCGGCCAGCCAGGAAAAAUUAGAGGAAGGCAUUUUGUUCGAGUGGCGUGACGGUGCACUGGUUGAAGCUAUGACCAAUGGUGACCUGUUACUGAUCGAUGAAAUUUCUCUGGCCGACGACUCAGUUCUCGAACGACUGAACAGCGUAUUGGAGUUGGACAAAGAACUGCUUCUUUAUGAGAAGAUCGCUAGUGAUCAGGAUGUGGUUUCCGUAAAGGCUACUCCAGGAUUUCAGCUGAUGGCAACGAUGAACCCAGGCGGCGAUUACGGCAAAAAAGAGUUGUCGAAAGCGUUGCGGAAUCGAUUCACUGAAAUCUGGUGCGAUGCCAGUUAUGAAGAAGCAGAUGUAAACAGCGUUCUGGUUCAUAAUCUUCAAACAGGUGAUGAAUUUGCGGUCAUGAUAUUCGAGUACUUGACCUUUCUUUCGCGCGAAGGCCUCCAGCACAGAAACAGGUUCACUUUGUCGAUCCGAGACAUGCUUUCUUGGGUGAGCUUCAUCAACAUCUGUUCGUCGGCUAUCGAAACGCCUUUGGCUUACGCGCACGGCGCUUGUGCAGUUUUUCUGGACGGAUUUGGCUGUCAGAAAUCGAGUACCAGCUCAGAGGCUUCUCAGUUCAGAACAGCUUCGCUCAGAUUUUUGAAACAUCAGCUACAAAGGCGGUGCAACACUACCCUGUCAGUCGACUGCGUCGAACAUGGCAGCGGUGUGGUAGAGCGUGACCUUUGUUACUUCGGGAUCAAACCGUUUUUUAUUAAACUUGGGUCUCGCGAUACUCUCUCGACGAAUGCGUUCAAUUUCGAAGCGAAUACGACGAAGAAGAAUCUGUUUCGUGUGCUUCGAGCGAUGCAGCUGUCGAAGCCGAUCAUGCUCGAAGGCAGCCCUGGCGUCGGUAAAAGUGGCCUCGAAUUGAGUGAUUUGUUCGGUACUGACCUUCCCGUCGUUCUUCCGAACGGCAAGCAGGGUUUUGCUUGGAGCGAUGGCCCGUUGCUGUCAGCAAUGAAAACUGGCAGUUGGGUGCUAAUUGACGAGAUGAAUCUGGCCAGUCAGUCCGUACUGGAGGGCCUGAAUGCAUGUUUCGACCAUCGAAAGGAAAUCUUUAUCCCGGAGUUAGGAAAGACUUUCAAGAUCGACGAAGACGCAUCACGCUUUUUCGCUUGUCAGAAUCCACUCAGCCAAGGCGCCAGUCGCAAAGGCUUACCGCAAUCGUUUCUUAAUCGUUUUUCAACGGUUUUUGUUGAAGAACUGACUGUCGACGAUCAGGCGUGGAUACUGAGUAAGCUCUAUCCGUCGAUAGAUCAUGACGUUUUGUUAGAUAUGGUAGCGUUUAACGUUGAGAUUUCUGAAAAAGUAUGUGUCUUAAGAGAAUUCGGUGGCGAAGGCUCUCCGUGGGACUUUAACCUGCGAGAUUUGAUGCGAUGGUGUGAAUUGAUGCUUACUCUUUCUGAGCCGUAUCACUCUUUCAUCGAGCCUUUGUUCUGUAUGCGAAUGCGACGAGAGUUUGAUCGUCAAAUGGUACGAAAGACAUUCUUUGAACGACGAGGAAUUUCUCCAUCUACCAAUGCGGUAACCACGUGGCAUCUGAGUCCGGGCAAUGUGUGCAUAGCCGAUGUCAUUGCGGAGCGCGGUUCGUUUUUUGCAGAACUGCACCCUGGCCCUGAUCCAUUGAUCCUCCAGUCGUCGUUAAAGUAUCUUCGAACCUUGCUGUUGUGCGUGCGCAUGAACUACUUGGCUAUUCUCGUUGGCAAAGGAGCCGUUGGAAAGUCAUUCAUGAUCUAUCUGCUGAGCUUGCUGUGCGGUCGUCGUUUACACAUUCUUCACGCAACAUCGGAGACUGAUGCCACUGAACUCGUUGGCGGUUUCGAACAGGUUCGAUAUUUUAGAUGUUCAUCGGCGAAGGCUUCUAAUGUCUUUCAUAUUUGUUAAAU